AUGGCGGAAUUUACCGGCUCUCGAUCGAUCAAAGCUACUGCGUCUGCCGCGAUGCACGGAUAUCACGUGUGUGAGUGGCGUGUGGACAACGAUGAUGGUAGUGUUUGUGAUGAGCGCUGCACUACUGUUGAAGACCUUGCCGUUCACAUCAAGAAAGAACACCUGACGGCGAGAAAACGUCACAGCAUGCAGCAGGAAACUAGCUAUAAAUGCCAAUGGCAGAAGUGUGAUCACAAGGCAUACAAGAACAAAGAGUCACUUGUUAUACACAUCCGACAGCACACCGGUGAGCGCCCCUUGAAAUGCGAUUAUCAAGGCUGCGAAAUGGCAUUUGCUCAUCGCACGUCUCUCAGUGACCACAAAAUUGUUCUAAAGGGUGUGGAGAUGCCCCCUUAG